AUAGAUCAGAGGGAGGAACGGAAGAAGUGAGGGAGUGUGAAUUCAGCAGCCAGCAGACCAAACUCUCAGGACUCUGCAGGACAGAGAGGCUUUGAGUCGGCAAUAUCUCAGAUCAGCGCAGUACAUGAACGUUCUGAACUCUGGAGGAUGGUAGGACUGUCGUCCACCGACGUGGAGGCCAUGGAGGUGUUGGUGAGUGAACUGGGUGUGCUGCUAAAGAUGCUGGACCAGGAGAACCUCAGCUCCUCCACCCAAGAGAAGAAGACGUCUGUCCGGAACCUCCUGCAGCAGAUACAGCCUUCAGUUUCAGGAGCUGAUUACAUCUAUGUGAACUCUGCAAUCUACAGGAAUGGCACCAGUUUUGUGGAAUCCCUCUUUGACACAUUUGACUGCAAGCUUGGAGAGCUGAAGGAUGCUACAGAGAAUCUGGAUCAAGACAAAGCCACAGAAAUGGACACUUUAAAACAGAACAGUGCAGAAUUCCCAGCCCCACGCUCAGCCGAUUCUCCUCCCCCUCUGCCCACAACACCUCCUCCAGAGGAGUACUACGAGGAGGCAGUGCCCCUCAGUCCUGGAAAGAUGCCGGAGUACAUCAUCACGCGAGUCAGGUCCAGCCCUCCAAACUCCAUUGAGGAUGGCUACAAAGAUGCAGAAAAUAACUACCCCACCACCUGCUUAAACUCGCAUCGCAAAAACUCCUAUAAUGACUCUGACGCUCUGAGCAGCUCCUACGAGUCCUACGAGGAGGACGAGGAAGAGAGAAGCCCUGGUGUCCAACUCACACACCAGUGGCCGUCGGAUGAGAGCUCCAUGCCUCCCGUCAGGGACUGUCACAUCUGCGCCUUCCUUCUGCGCAAGAAACGCUUUGGCCAAUGGGCGAAACAGCUGACGGUCAUACGGGAGAACAGACUACAGUGCUAUAAGAGUUCUAAGGACACAUGUCCUUAUGUGGACUGGCUGCUGCCCCAGUGCACUGUCGUCUACUCUCCUAAAGACAGCAAGAGGAAGCACCAUGAACUCCGGUUCACUUUACCCAAUGGAGAUGCCCUGGUUCUGGCGGUACAAAGCCAAGAGCAGGCCCAUAGAUGGAUGAGGGUUGUGAGGGAGGUGAGCGGCCAGAGCACGGGGCCUGAAGAACCUGGGUCUCCACUUAUUCCGAGAAAAACUGAACUUGACAAGAGGUUAUCUGCUGAGAAGAACAUGUCAGAUUCAGACAGCGUUGGUAUUUCAACAGGUGACAACUGCAGGGAGAAUGGGAAGGUGAAGCGCGGGGCUUUUGCUGCAGGCCGAAAAAUCACACGUAUAAUCAGCUUCUCCAAGAAGAAGCCCCCUCGUCCAGGAGACCCGCGAGCAGCCCACAGUGACCCGCGGGAAGGCUACUUAUCAGUCCUGGUGAACCAGACGUGGCGGGAGCAGUGGUGCUGCGUGUGCAGAGGCUCCCUGCACUUCUACCACGACAGAGGAGACUCACGGAUCUCCCUGCCUUCCCUUCUUCUCCACGGGUGCGAGGUGGUCCCAGGAAUAGGGCCCAAGCACCCUUUUGCCUUUCGCAUCCUACGGGCCAGCACAGAGGUGGCUGCUUUGGAGGCAGGAAGCUCAGAGGAGCUGGGCAGGUGGCUUGGAGUCCUCUUAGCCGAGACAGGUUCCUCUACAGAUCCAGAGUCACUGCAUUACGACUACGUUGAUGUAGAGACCAUUGCUAAUAUCCGCGAUGCUGCCCGCCAUUCCUUCCUGUGGGCCACGUCCACAGACUGCAGAGCGUAUGAUGAGGUUCCUAAUGAGGAAAUGCAGCCAAAGGAGAACCACAGGCAGCAUUCUGGGAUUCAGGGAAAGCGCCGCUCCAGCAUAUCCAGCAGUGAUUUGGAAAAGACAAAGCCGGUGAUCUCCUUGAAGCGUUCAGGCUCCAAUGCCAACCAGUACGGACGGUAUGGGAAAACGCGAGCAGAGGAGGACGCCAAGCGCUACCUGAAAGAGAAGGAGGAGAUGGAGAGAGAAAGAGAUGACAUCAGAAAUGCCCUGGUCACCCUCAGACAGGAGAAGAGACAGCUGAAGGAAGACUUGAAGAUGGCCACAGAGAGGAGGAAGCCCAUCCUGAAUGACCGCGUGUCCCAGCUGGAGGAAGCCUGCCGGAGUAAGGAGGCGGAGAGGGUUGACUUGGAACUUCGACUGAGCCAGGUCAAAGAAAACAUCAAGAAGAGCCUGGCAGGAGGGGUGCUGGGUGCACCAGUUGUAGCCAAACCACCUGUUAAGAUUUCCAGCAGAAAGACCCACAAUUUGCACAGUGAGUCUUUACCAGUGAACUGUGCCACAGAGAUGCGUAGGAGGCCUCCAUCUGUUUAUGCUUCAAGUGGAACAGUCAUGCAGAAGGCUAAGGAAUGGGAGGCAAAGAAAGGAACAUAAGAACUACAACAUAAUGAGGACUGGAGAUUUUAAAAGUGGACAUCAGGAGGUGGCAAAUAUGACCUGCAAUCCGAUGUACAUUACGAAGGUUUCCCCUUUUUAUAUAGUGAGGAAAUUACGUCCCGAUGCAAGGAGUCAGCCACUAGGUGGAGGUACCUCUCAAUGAAUAUUUAGCCUUUCUGUGUUAUGUUUCUGAAAAAGACAAUUACAAAUGCCAAGGAUCUGCAUCUUCUUCGCAUGUAGUUUUCAUUGUUUGAACAGGCAUGGACCAGGUGGUAUAAUAAAAUAAAAUCAUUCAUGAAAGAAAGGAAUGAGGAAAGUGUUAAGAUAGAAUAGAGCAGCUUGUGUUUGCAGCAUGUCCAGUAACAUGCUUUGGUGCCAAGUGGGAAGAGAGGACCUACAAAAUGUGAUGUGUUGGAAAAUAAGCCUGUGGAAGGCCUCAACGGGCCCUUUGUUAGACAGAUUAUUUUAAUGCCUGUAUAUAAUGAGUCAUGACUACUGUUUUUGUUUUAUACUGUACUAAUGUUUCUUUCAUUCUUGCAAUCGUCAUGGGUUUACUUUUUUAUAGUUUUUUUUAUUAUUAUUUUUUUAACUGCACUUUGCAGCUUUUUUGGAGCUGUACGAUUCUAUCUGCUGUAGUAUUUGAUCAUCGGACCCUCAGUGACACGCAGUAGAACAGUCUUGCUAUAAAUAAAUGCGUGACUAACAAAAUGGUGCUAUUCAGAGACAAACAAAAAAGAAAGAAAGAAAAAACCCUUUUAACACGUUCUCAUCUGAACCUGAGACUUUUGCACUUUACUGUUCUACCUGGAUAAGGGAAUAAUAAAAUUGUCUUCCCC